AAAACAGUCACUUACCUGUCCCUCGAUCCUGUGGUGUGUCCCCCUCAGCCCGUUUCACCGGGCGUCCUAUAUUCCAGGAGGCCAGCAUCUUCAGUGUGGGAACCUGUCUGUGACAGCUUGCAGCUUCACAGUCGGGUACCCACUGUGCAUGCGCAAGUAGCGCUGCGCUUCCUGAAUGGUCCUGUAGUCUUCUGGGACCUGUCAUGUGUCCGAAAAGACUACAGGGAGGGAGGACACCUUCCGCUUCCAUUCACCUAGGCCAGCGAUCAGACAUGGGAGCGGGUACCUGUCAAAUUCGGUUGCCCGCUCCGCCCGCCCUCCAAAGGUGCCAAUCCUUAAUUUGGAGCAGUCCUUAAAGCAGAGCUUUCCAUUUUGGGUGGAGCUCCGCUUUAAAACUAGACUGGA